AACAACGCUUGAAAACAGAAAUAGCAUUCCGGAAGAAUACAAACGAAGGAGCAAUGACUGAAAACAGAAGUCACCUUGAGCGAAUCAAAGCUGAGCUGGAUUGCUGGGAAGCGAGAAGCUGUGCAGUUCCCAUUACUGUGAAUCACGAGUGCCGAGUCCUGGAGCUCCAGGUGCCAGGGCUUCCAGAUGUGGAGAGCGACACAGCUGGAUCUGCUGGCCCGAACACUCCCUCCACAGUCCCUGUCCUGGUGGGGAAGGAAGGCUUUGCCUCUGGGAAACACUACUGGGAGGUGGAGGUGGGCCAGGAGCAGGACUGGGUGCUGGGGGUGGUGAGGGAGAAAGGCAGAGAGGAGGAGGAAGGAACCCGUCCUAGGGAGGACUACUGGGCUCUGCACAGGUCCCAGGGAGAGAUUUUCUCAAGCACAGGAGACCACAGGAUUGAGAAACAGAUGAGUUGUUCAGUGAUUGGUGUGCUUCUGGACUUGGAGGAAGGGCAAGUGAACUUUUAUGACGCAAAGCAGAUACGCAUCAUAGUAAGAAUGCCUCUGAGACUUGGAAAGAAACCUCCAGAAAUGUUUUACCCAUUUUUAUCCAAGAGGGAAAGGACACACACCCCUCUUAUCCGCUCAGUCUCAAUCCCUGUCCCAUUAAAGCACCUUUAAAUAGACUGUGAGAUCUAAUGGAUUAUGGAAAGACAGUUCAGUGGAAAGAGGGAAAAAGUUAAAUCUCAGACAUCAGUAAGGUAAAGCUAAAUAAGAUGAAACCUGAGGCUGAAACGGGGAAAAAAGAAAUAAGCAAGGAAAAAGUGUCAGCUAGUUGAAAGAAGACUGGAGUCAGAUUAAGAAAACUCCAGGCAGGAGUCCUAGUUCCCUUUACAGAUCAUUAAAGUCUUAUCUGUGCAGCAGUGGUUUCAUUUGCUUGAAGACAUAAUUGUAAUUUAGAUGUUAUAUAGUGUGUCUUUCCUUCUUCUCUAGAUAUUUAUGUUAGGUUAAAUGCCAUCCCUAAAGCUAGGCAAGCCACAUUCUACCAUUCUUGUAUGAAGAAAUGAAAUAAAUGUAUUUUGAAAGAAAA